AUGGCUUUAAACGAUUCAGAGAUGAAGCAACUUCCUCUUAAAGCAGGUCUUGGCAUAUAUGCUGCUCUCGGCUUCAUUGAAGGCUUUUGUUUCUUUGGUGCAGGAAUAUUUUUGGUGAUAAGUGGGCUUCGAGCAUCGGAAAAUCUUCAUGCACCGUUACUACAUCGUUUGUUACGUUCAUCGAUGACAUUCUUUGACACGACACCUAUCGGGCGUAUUUUGAAUAGGCUUGGGAAGGACAUUGAUGUGAUCGAUGAAUUAUUACCAAUAAGUUUUCGUUAUUCUGUUUAUUGGAUUGAAAAUGUCAUGAUAAUAUUAAUCAUAAUAGUUAUAUCAACCCCUGUUUUUGCUAUUACUAUUAUACCUCUUGCACUUUUCUACUACUUCUUUCUGCAUUUGUACCUUCCCACUUCGCGACAGAUAAAGCGAUUAGAAAGUAUUAGUCGUUCACCAAUUUAUCAACAUUUUGAAAAAACAGUUCGAGGGCUUAUGUGCAUAAGAGCAUUUGAAAAGGUGCAAGAAUUUUGCAAUUCAAUGGAAACAUACGUUGAUUGUUUCAUACGUUGCAAAUAUUCCAAUGUUCUAUCGAAUCGCUGGUUAGCAGUACGACUGGAAUUUAUCGGGAAUUGUGUUGUACUUUGUGCAGCACUAUUUGCAGUUCUCUCGCAACAUUGGGGUGUUGCAGUGAGUGCUGGAAUCGCAGGAUUGAGUGUUAGCUAUGCUCUAAAUAUCACGGAAGCACUAAAUUUUGCCGUACGAUUUAUCAGUGAAUUAGAAAUGAAUAUAGUAGCCGUUGAACGCUUGAAAGAAUAUACCGAAAUACCAACCGAAGCUGAAUGGAGAAUUGAUCACUUCAAGCCAACGAAGAAUUGGCCAACAAAAGGACAGAUAUCAUUUAAAAACUAUUCAACGCAUUAUCAUCCUAAGCUUGAUUUGGUUUUGCGUCAGUUGAAUGCUUUCAUUGUGCCGGCUGAAAAAAUUGGUAUUGUUGGUCGUACAGGAGCAGGUAAAAGCUCCUUAGCACUGGCAUUAUUUCGAAUUAUUGAGCCUGUCAAAGGUACAAUUAUUAUUGAUGAUAUCGACAUUUCAGUUAUAGGCUUACAUGACCUUCGCUCGAACCUCACAAUCAUUCCACAGGAUCCUGUAUUAUUUUCGGGAACACUCCGAUUUAAUUUGGAUCCAUUUCAAGUGUAUUCUGAUCAGGAAAUAUGGGCAGCUCUUGAGUUGGCGCAUUUGAAAACAUUCGCAUCAAGUCUUGCUGGAGGCUGGUUGUUAAAAAUUUUACGAUGGAUCUUACUGUAUUGCAUCAGCGAAGGGGGUGAGGAUAUCAGUGUUGGACAGCGACAACUUAUUUGUUUGACUCGUGCACUUCUUCGCAGAAACAAAGUUUUAGUUUUAGAUGAAGCUACAGCUGCUGUAGACUUAGCAACUGAUUCAUUGAUUCAGGAGACAAUUCGUCGUGAAUUUCACAGCUCAACUGUCCUAACCAUUGCACAUCGUUUGAAUACCGUAAUCGAUUACGACAGAAUAAUAGUCCUUGAUAAUGGUUCAAUACGGGAAUUUGAUUCACCACAGAAUUUGCUCAGCAAUCGUUCUUCACUCUUUUUCUCCAUGGCACGUGGUGCUCAAAUUGUCUGUUAA